AAGCUCAGCCCUGGUGAAGACACACAGCAAGUGCUUUCCUUACAACUAGAUUGCCUCCUUCUCCAGUCAAGAAGACCACAAAGUCCAGCCAUGGCCAUCACUGACAUCCUUUCUGCUAAGGAUAUUGAGGCUGCCCUUUCCAGCUGUCAGGCUGCUGAGUCCUUUAACUACAAGUCAUUUUUCUCCACGGUUGGCCUAAAAGGCAAGUCAGCUGACCAGGUAAAGAAAGUUUUUGGAAUCCUUGACCAGGACAAAAGCGGCUUCAUUGAGGAGGACGAGCUUCAGCUGUUUCUAAAGAAUUUCUCCUCAAGUGCCAGAGCUCUCACUGAUGCUGAGACCAAGGCUUUCUUGGCAGCUGGUGAUACUGAUGGUGAUGGCAAAAUUGGAGUAGAUGAAUUCCAGGCUCUGGUGAAGGCAUAAAUAGCACUAGACCAAAGG